AUGGGCCGCUACACAUUUGUGGCAGUUGCAAUCGCUUUCUGCGCCAAUAUCAAAUCAGCUAAUGCAGCCGAUGACAUUGACGUGCUUUAUCAUCAGCCAACCAUUUCCGAUGGAUUAAAUGACGAAAACGAGGUUCGCACCAUCAUGACAGGACUGUUGAGGGGAUCAAUCAAGACUGCCAACUGCAAGUCUGAUUUUGACGAAAGCCUGGAAGAGCGGGGAUUCUCCUCAAGUGAGCUCGCUCGGACCAAUCUGGUCGCUAUAUCAUCUGGCGGGGGAGGCGUGACUCAUGGCCAGCCGAAGGUACCACAAAAGUCAUAG